CCUGUCCGGCAGCCGGGACAAACAACCUCAUUCUAACCACCGUUCACUUCCAUUUAUCCUCGACACCAAACCACAACAAGUCCAACUCACUUUGGCCCAAGAUGCCUCCCCGGCUCCAGAUCCUCCCGCUCCGGACGUUGGCGUCGCUCGCGUCCUCGACAGCCGCUACCGCCAGCAGCACGAGCACUUCCGCUGCGACGCACCCUUUGACAUUUCUCCUGGGAGGCGGAUUAUUCCAACAGUCCCGCAACGCGCACAUUCUAGCCUCGUUGUCCGAUAACCCGGGGGCCUACCACAAGCGCAUCCGGCGCGGUCGCGGUCCGGCCUCGGGCAAGGGUAAGACCUCCGGUCGCGGUCACAAGGGUCAGAAGCAGCAUGGCAAGGUCCCCGCGGGGUUCAACGGUGGUCAGACGCCAGAGAUUGUCGUGCAUGGUGAGAGGGGAUUUACCAACAUCCACUCCAUCGACCUAGCCCCCAUCAACCUCAAUCGCAUCCAAGAUUGGAUCGACCAAGGCCGCAUUGACCCUGCCCGCCCCAUCACCAUCCGCGAGCUGUACGAAUCGCGCUGCAUCCACCAAACCAAAGAAGGCGUCAAGCUGCUGGGCCGCGGCGUCCCCAAGGAUGAGAAGGGGAAGGUCGCCCUUGCCCCGGCCACCUCUACUGAAACCACUACCACCACUACCACCACUACCACCACCACCACCGCCUCCUCCUCCGCCUCCUCCCUUCCCGCAGACCAAACCACCAACACAACAGGCACCAACCCCCUCAAACAACCCAUCCACAUCGUCGUCUCGCGCGCCUCCGCCUCCGCCAUCGCCGCCGUCGAAGCUGCCGGCGGCACCGUGACCACCCGCUACUACACGCGCAGCGCCAUCGCCCGCAUCCUCAAGCGCCAGAUGCACCCCUUCGUGUCGACGGCCUGGACGCAGCGCAACGGACCCGCCGCCCUGCUCGCCGCCGAGAAGGGCGCCGCCGGCGGCGUGGCCUCCGAGGCCGCUGGCGAGCUCAUCGAGAGCGAGGUCAUGCGUGCCAUGGGCUUCACCUACCGGUUACCCGAUCCCACCAAGCGUCGCGAUAUCGAGUACUACCGUGACCCCGCCCACCGCGGGUAUCUGAGCCACUUGCUCAAGCCCCUGGAAGGCCCGAGUUUGUUCUUCCGGUCGCCGAUGGAGCGGAAGACUGCGGCCGGGCAGACGAAGGAGAAGGUGUUGCCGGAGAAUAGGCUCUGGUAAGAAAAUGUUGUUGUUGGUGUCUGAAUGGUAGGUGGAAGGUGGUUGAUGUUUUGAUGUCGGUCGACGGGCGUGGCAAGCGGGGUUCUGGGUUGAUGCUGAGUUUGUUCAUGAUGGAGAAAGUGGUCAUGGGCCGAGGUCACCAGUGUAGAGUGUUAUCUCUUUCUUGUUGAAAUGUACUUGUAUAAAUAUGUUAUGUUAUGGUAUCGUGG